UGGACCAAGCAAACAUUAGAAAAUCGAAAUACCAAACACAACCAUAUUGUUCAACUCGGGGCUGAGCAGUAGCGGAUGUAGCCAACAAGCUAUGAGUUCAAGUGCAUGAACCCAAAUUUUAACAUGAAGCUUAGAUAUAGACAUAAAUAUUCAUCAAAAUUUCAAUAAAGUCUGAAACCAUAUAAUCUUAACGUGCAAUGGGUUCAGCCGUAAGACCACAUAGUAUGGGUGAUUGUCAUCUUUAAUUACUUUUUAAAUGACUUGAUCAAAAAAUUUAUAUUGUUAAUACGUGGAUAUUGGACCUCUUAUUUCUCUAGAAAUAUUUUGGCCUUAACAUAAAUUUAUAUGCAAGUAAAUAUAUAGAGAACUUUUAUUAUUCCUAUUAUUAAACUUAUUUUUCACAUUUGUUUUUAUUUGGUAUGGUUAUUAUAGUACAUAAAAGUUAAACCCGUGAACUGAAUUAUUUCUUGUUUUUGCUUAUACAAAAAGCUUCGUUGAGUGCUUCAUCCUUAACUAUUUUUUUUUUUUUGCUAAUGAAAGGAAAUUUCAUAACUGAAAGGAAAGACGGAAAGUAAAUAGUUUUUGCGCUAAUUACAUGGGAAGGAUCUGAAUGAUACCAUCCCUAAAGAGUCAUUGGUUAGCAGCUGCAUAAAAAUAGAAGGGGGAUAAUCCCAAAGUAAUCAUUCUCCCAAGUUCUGUUCCUCAGCUUUCAGUCCAAACUUUGCGAGUUCAGUCAUUGGGAAAACUCAUGUUUUGUUAUGUUGCAGCUUCAUGCUGAUGUAUGGGAUUAUCCAGUUAUGCCUCCUUUUCCUGGAUCUAGCUCAUCGAAUCCUCAGAAUGCAUCUGGAUUUUCUAGUGCUGAAGCGGAUUGGAUGCAGAACAAUAUGAGAAAUAGCAUUCCUGAGAAAUAUUUUGAUGUUCACCCUGGGGAAGAGCUGAUUGACAAUUUAGUGAAGGAAGUAAUGAGCAAGCCAUGGUUACCUCUACCCUUAGGCCUAAAACCACCUCCCAUCGACACAAUACUACACGAGCUUCAACCAAUAAAUGGGCUCCAUUAUCGUUGCUGACAUGGCAACUUUUUCCUACUGUCACUAAUAUUUAUACGUUCAUGUGAGUUCAUUAAAAAGUUUAAACAUCAGUAUAAUCCUCUUUGAUAUGUUUUUUUUAUUUUUUAUUUUUA